CCAUAUGGGUAGGUCUACGAUAUUGUCGAAAUCCGGACUCGGGUCCAGGUAUUUGAAGGACUGGAUGCAUUUGGGGUAAUCAUGUCUUCACUGGGCGCACGGAGAGAGUUUAAAACCGGACCGCUGUACUUCUUUGACCAGCCAACAGCGCGGGAUCGAUCAUCGGGGACGCGCGUUCUGCAUUUUAGUUUGGCCGACGAAGGUGCCCGCUGGGCAGAAACAGUGCAUAGCUCUUCUAGGAACAAACUAUGUUUUACUAAAGAAGGCGACGACGAGAACAAUGCCCAUACACAGUCACGUGGGUCAUUUGGGAAGAAUAAAGACUACACGGUCAACGGUGAAUCAAACGUUUGUGAUAGGAUCCCAGACCAGAAAGUGGUCGAUCCGUUGGGAGCCUAUAAGGAUGCUGCCCCUGAGCUGCUGGGGGAACUGGAGUCCCUUCUCUCCUGGUACCAGUGGUCCGAGGAGGGCUGUAUUCCACGGGGAGUCGUCAACAUCCUCAACUGCUCGUCACAAGAUCUGACCGCUGUUGUGUUAAGUGGGAAAAGUCCCUUUCAAGGGGCCGACUGCGCAAAACACACUCUGAAUCUGAAAUCACAUAUCCCAGUGGCCGAUAGGAAUACGCCGAAGGAGCUCAUCGUAGAGAGCGUGAGAAAACUGAAAAAGAAGAAGUCCUCCCCAAAACCUCCCUUCGAGAGGAAAGUAAAACCGCGACCAGAUUUGCCAACGAGGGCUUUUUCCCCUGACGCACACAAAGACAGAGCUAAUGCCUCUUCCAGCAUCAGCUUCUCCAUGUCUUCAAAGAUCUGCAAGGACCAAGGAUGGAUCGUGGAGGCCGCGCGGCUGUGCUACGAGGAGCCCCAGCGGAGUGCCGUGUGGCAGUGGGUGCUCCGGCGGCUUCAGAGCGCCCGGAUACCCAUAGAGCUGCAAGCCACCAGAGACCGAGAGAGAGGUCUGGACAAGCCUCCCGUCGUCCGCCACUACGGGGCGGUCCGGUCCCACUAUAGAAACACGAGGGUCGUCGUAGACGAGCAGCGCCCCUUCGUCCUCGUCAAUGGGAUGCCCCAGAUCCCUCAGGUGACCCGAGAGGACCCGUCCGAACGGAAACUUCACUACGGAACCCCGGACGGCUCCUCGGUCGUCUAUUACCCGUCCGGUGGCGUGGCGGUGUGCCAGACCGGGUCGGGUUUGCCCUGCGGAGGCUUCUACACCAACGUGUUCAGCGACCGCCCGAGCUCCGCGGUCAUCGCUAGCAUGACCGCGUUCGGGCGCGGUGCCGCCACGCACGCCGUCAGUGGGGUCGUCUCGGCUGUUUGGGACCGAGCUGGGGGGAAGCUUUGUGGCCCGGACGGCACCGUGACCAAAGAGUGGUCCUGGCUGGGAGGUUCGGGCUCCAAGGAGAGGGUUCUCAUACAGGUCUCAGAUUCAAUCUCUGUCAAACUACUGAACGGCACUUCUGGCCUGCUCCGCUUCAAGUGUCAAGGAGAAACGAUCCAACUUCCUCUCUCGGCCCUGUCCAGCAUGACCCCGCCCACAGACCCGGUACCGUCAACAAUACCCUGAGUGAACCAAGAGCAGACAAACAGUAUCUCCAGGUAUUCUGAUUGCAAGCGGUUUUAAUCCUUAAUCAUGUGGGUUGCAAUCCUCUAGGUGUAUGUGAAGCCCAACCAGAGGUUAAUGUCCCGCAAGGAGCCAAUGCUUCCAAAGAGGAGGGUUCCUGGGCACAGUGCAGAGAGCAGGCUACCGCCGGUCCAAACCGUGAGACCAUUUCAUUCGUUCUUUU